AGACCGGAAGUAAAAGUAGAACCGGAAGUGUAUGAGCGUCGUCGCUGUGUGUUUUGGUUGUGGUGGUGUUUUUACUGUAGAUGAUUUAGAUCCCACUUGGAGAAUUGAUGUCGUUUUGUGAAACUCAGAACAGCGGGCGGCGUAGUAAAUGGGACCAGGCCGCUCCGUCCUCUGGUGCUCUGGAUGCUGCUGCUGCCGUUGCUGCCAAAAUCAAUGCUAUGCUGGUGGCUAAAGGAAAACUGAACCCAGCACAGAUUAACACACACACACCAGGGGACACUGCUGCAUGUGGAGGGGCUAAGAGUGCAGUAAAAGCAAGGGAUGACCUGGUGGUGGCUGAGGUGGAGAUAAACGAUGUGCCGCUUACUUGCAGGAAUCUGCUGACCCGAGGACAAACACAGGACGAGAUCAGCAGGGUGAGUGGGGCUGCAGUGUCCACUAGAGGGCGCUACAUGACUGCAGAGGAGAAAGCUAAAGCUCUGCCCAGCGACCGUCCACUCUACCUUCAUGUUCAAGGCCAAACCAGAGAGCUUGUGGACAAGGCUGUAAACAGGAUUAAGGAACUCAUCACUAAUGGAGUGGUUAAAGCGGCAGUGUCUCAGCCCCCUCCUGCCAUACUGCCUCCUACAGGACCCAAACCUCACUGCACUGGGGUGAAGGUGUUUGUGGGAUUGGACCAUGCGCUUCCUGGUUUCUCUGUGAAGGAGAGGGUGGAGGGACCGCACUGUUCUUACUUACAGCACAUUCAGAAUGAGACAGGAGCCAAGCUAUUUCUGCGGGGUCAAAGGUCAGGCUGCAUUGAGCCAGCAUCUGGGAGAGAGGCCUUCGAGCCUAUGCACAUCUAUGUCAGUCACCCAAAGCCAGAGGGUAUCACUGCUGCUAAGACUUUGUGUGAAAACCUGCUGCAGACGGUACAUGCAGAGUAUUCUCGCUACCUGAGUGAGAUGAGUGCUGUGAUGCCCACACAAGGUUUCCUUCCUCCUCCUGGUGUAAAUGGUAUGCCCCAUUUUUACCCACCUACUGUGCCUCCUGCAGCCCCGGCACCCACUCUUUACCCCCUUCCCCCUCUGACAGUAGUACCUACUACAGCACCAGAACCCACAGUGCCCCCUACUGCGCCGUACCACAUCACACACCCACUUGCAGCUAAUCUCACACAGAACCUCACACCAGCAGUAUACCCACUUGUGGCUCCACCCCAACAUACGAUUCCAUCUCCAGUCAAACCUGAGGCUCCGCCUACUUCCAAGCCUGUGUCUCAGACAAAAUCUGUGGCUCCGGCCCCUGCCCAGAAACGACGCUUCACUGAGGAAGUGCCUGAGGAGAGUGAUAACAGCCUCCUAGGAUAUCAGCAUGGACCCAUUCAUGUGACUAAUUUAGGUUCAGGCUUCUCAGUGACCAGCCCUGAGACUGUAGGACCCCAACACAACAUUUCUGCUUCCUGUGGGGAGAGACAGGAAAGAGACAGUAGGCAGAUGAUGCUGGCUCUACCCCCACCAUUGAGCAGUGGAAUUCGAGAACAGAAGAGUGAAGAGCGACUGCAUGGCUCCCUGGCUCCUCAGAUAAAGCGCAUCAGGAUGGGGUUGGUAUCAUACUCUGGUGAUUCUUCUGAUGAAGAGGAGGAGCUUGUAUCUCAGAACAUGGGUGAAGCCAGUGUGGUUGGCUCCUCCCCUUCAACAUGGGCUGCUGGGACUUUCAGAUGCACUGCCCCUUCUCAGCCACACCCCAAAACACAGACCACACAGUCAAUGCCUUUCUGGAUGGCGCCAUGAAAGGGAGUAACACACACACGCACGCACGCACAUCCUUCUGGCCGGAGCUUAUGUUUCAUCAGCCAGAUGUGUGCCAGCUAACUCGUUUGUAAUUGGUUGAUCAAAUAUAACAAAUGUAGUUCCCCCUUUCUUGAACCAGAGACAUCUGAUACAUGGCAACAUCAAUACACUACACUUUUGUUCCUCUCUGCUCUUAAGCUUGCAUUGAGCAGGCAAACUGGUUCUUUAAUGUUAGAGGAAAUGAUGUAACAGACAGGAACUUAUGUACAGGUGUAAUGUAAUGAACUGGACAACAGAGUUUUUUUUUCUCCGAAUAAAUUGCCAUCUCUUAAAACCGA